GCUCGACCAGACCCUGCGUAUGACCUUGUACUGGCCUUGUCAUACACGGUUUCUUCUUGAGCGACUUGGAGAUAAUCUAUUCUAGACCAUAGCCUGGGGGCCAACAUGGCAGAUCUGGGAUCACAGCAGGGUCGGAAUUACCGGCCCAGUCAAUACACACAUGCUUCGAGUUUUCAACGUGAUGCUGCUUUCAAUGACAUCUUUGGAGCAGCACCGCCUCCGGGCCGGGCGCAGACGAUGACAUCGCAAACACCUCACUUUCCGACCGAACGAGCGCAUACCAUGACUUCUCAUUCUGCACAACCUCAAAUGCCGCUAAGGGUACCUGCUCCAAUCCGACAAAUUCCCUCAGGUCAAGGCCAGAUUGUUACCAACGGUUAUCCCAAUCCCUCACAAGCAAACGGCAGCGUUGCGUCGUCGCAGACCCCUCAAAACUAUCCUCGACCAUAUCCACGAGGUUCCGCUUAUCCCCCGCCUCAACGAGUUGAUUCUAGGCCUCAUCAAGUCCCACAAUAUUCAAGUGCCAAUGUGCCAGUUCCUCAAGGUCGCCCUGUGCCCCCACCAGCGUUAAAUUCAGACGCAUAUCGUUCACGGUCAAUGGCCGCCGGUGUGCCUAGGAUGAGUGGGCCUCCUGUAUAUUCACAACCUCCAAACAGCUUCAACCACACUUCAGCACAUGCUAUUCGACAUCAGCAUUAUAACAACUCUGUAACGAGGACUCCCCAAGGCCGGCUAGUCCCAGAAAGACAUGAUAAUGCCCGAACCAUGUCUUUGAGCUCUUACUCAUCUAACAAUGAGUAUGCUCAAACACCGUACGGUCGGACCGUGCCUCAGCGACGACCACCUUCCGGCCCAGAUCAAAUCCCCUCCCAAUUAUUACCAGCGCAGGCGCAAACACCCACCAUUUUGGAGCAGCAGACGCUCGAUGGCGAACCCUCCCGUCAACGACGUCCCAGUGAAUCUUCGAUAACAUCUCGUACUAUGUCGAUGGCGUCUACACUUGUUUCUGAUCGAACAAUGAGCUUGCAGAGCAGGCCUGUUCAGAAAACGACCAGCCAAUCGACCCAGUCAACGGCCGCAACAGCAGUACCACAAAAUCGUUCUCGAAAGCCCUUGGUCCAUCCAGCUUUGCUAUCUCGUGUUGCCGAUGUCUUCCGUGAGAAAAUUCCUUUGGGAGAACGUCAAAAGAACGGCUUAUCGUAUCAAAAUGCAUUCUCAGGUGCAGAGGCCGUGGACCUGAUUGCUCAUAUUAUCAGAACACAAGAUCGCAAUCUUGCACUGCUUUUAGGUCGUGCUCUCGAUGCGCAAAAGUUUUUUCACGAUGUUACUUAUGACCAUCGUCUUCGAGAUUCUGGAGUUGAAAUAUACCAAUUUAAAGAGACCAUGACCGAAGAGGCUCCUAGCUCGGAGGUUAACGGCGUGUUCACCCUUUUGACAGAAUGUUAUUCCCCAACCUGCACUCGCGACAAUCUUUGCUAUUCUAUAGCUUGCCCUAGGCGACUAGAGCAACAAGCACGUCUGAAUUUGAAACCCCAACCGGGAUUGCGCCAUUCUUCUUCUAAAGGCAGUCUUCACGCGGAUGAUGAUAAUGACGACCAAAAACUGUGGAUUAAUAUGGUUCCCAAGGAAAUUGCCGAUGGUAUUGACGAUCGGGAAAAGAAGCGACAAGAGAUUAUAUUUGAAAUUAUGUAUACCGAGCGAGAUUUUGUCAAAGAUCUUGAAUAUCUUCGAGACUUUUGGAUGAGACCUCUUCGUUCCGCCGGUAAUACUAGCUUGUCGCCCAUUCCGGAGCAUCGCCGAGAGAAGUUUAUCAGGACAGUAUUUGGAAAUUGCUUGGAGGUUCUCAAGGUCAACUCUGGUCUCUGUGAAACCCUCAAUACUAGGCAAAAAGAAAAUCAUGUUGUUCUUACUGUUGGUGAUAUUUUCUUGCAGCACGUCCCUCGUUUUGACCCAUUCAUCAAAUACGGUGCCAACCAACUGUACGGCAAGUAUGAGUUUGAAAAGGAGAAAGCCUCCAAUCCCGCCUUUGCUCGAUUCGUCGAAGAAACAGAACGCUUGAAAGAGUCACGGAAACUAGAAUUGAAUGGUUACCUGACUAAGCCAACAACACGUCUCGCCAGAUAUCCUCUUCUUCUCGAGCAGGUAUUCAAAAAUACCGCCGAUGACAACCCAGAUAAACAGGAUAUACCUAAAGCAAUCGGCAUGAUCAAAGACUUCCUUUCGAGAGUCAAUGCCGAGAGUGGAAAGGCUGAAAACCACUUCAAUCUGGUGCAAUUGAAUGCUGCAUUGAAGUUCAACCCUGGUGACUAUGUGGAUCUGAAACUUACGGAGGAGAACCGGCAGAUGCUCUCCAAAAUGGCUUUCAAGAAGACUUCAACAGAUAGUUCUGAGGUUACGGCGUAUCUUUUCGAUCAUGCUGUUCUUUUAGUGCGUAUCAAGAUGGUGAACAAGCGAGAUGAGUAUCGGGUGUACAGGAAGCCGAUACCGCUUGAAUUGUUGGUAAUUACGCAAAUGGAUGAAGUCAUUCCUAGGCUUGGUUUGGCAAAGAGGUCAUCAUCAAGUCUUAUCCCAGGAAAGGCAGUCGUCGCCAAUACUCCAGUGCCGAAAGAGGGCCUACCUAUAACUUUUAGACACCUUGGUAAGGGGGGCUAUGAUCUGACCCUUUUUGCCACCUCUCAGACUCAACGGAAAAAGUUCAUUGAACUGGUUGAGGAACAACAGAGAAAACUCAGAGAACGCAACAGUAACUUUUAUUCGAAAACAAUUCUAUCCGAAAAUUUCUUUACAACGGCCAAUCGUGUCAAUUGCUUGGCACCAACUGAUGGCGGUAGAAAAUUGAUUAUAGGUACCGACAAUGGUAUCUUUUUGGCCGACAGAUGGCCCAAGGACAAGAACGCGAAACCACGCCGGAUCCUCGAUGCUACAGCUGUUACUCAGAUUGAUACAUUGGAAGAAUAUCAACUGGUUCUAGUUCUGGCCAACAAGACCCUCAGCUCCUACCCGAUGGAAGCAUUAGACGUGAGCGAAGGCCAAAAUCCAUUAGCCCGUAGACCAAAAAAGAUUCAAGGUCAUACCAACUUUUUCAAAGUCGGUAUCGGUCUCGGACGGCAUCUUGUCUGCUCAGUUAAAACAUCCGCCUUGUCGACCACUAUCAAGGUAUAUGAGCCUACGGAAAAUCUAGCUAGGGGAGGCAAAAAACCAGCUCUGGGGAAGAUGUUCCGAGGUAGCCAAGACACUUUAAAGCCUUUCAAAGAAUACUAUAUCCCCGCUGAAUCCUCAUCUGUUCAUUUCCUUCGAUCAACAUUGUGUGUUGGUUGUGCCAGAGGGUUUGAGGUUGUUAGUUUGGAGACUACUGAUAGUCAAUCCCUUCUUGACCAAGCAGAUACCUCUCUAGACUUUGUUGCGCGAAAAGAAAACGUCAAGCCGAUCUACAUUGAACGAAUGAAUGGAGAGUUCCUCCUCAAUUACAGCGACUUUUCAUUCUUUGUCAACAGGAAUGGAUGGCGAGCACGACCUGACUGGAAAAUUUCGUGGGAAGGCACACCAAAUUCUUUCGCUUUGUCGUAUCCAUACAUCUUAGCCUUUGAACCCAACUUCAUCGAAAUUCGGCAUAUUGAAACAAGUGAACUUAUUCAUAUCAUGACUGGAAAGAAUAUCCGAAUGCUACACUCAUCCACUAGAGAGAUUCUGUAUGCCUAUGAAGACGAAGAUGGGGAAGAUGUGGUGGCUAGUUUAGAUUUCUGGAAUCGGCCGCGGUAAAGGUGUGAAACACCUGUGAAAUCCCUUGUGUUUUCAACUUGCUAUCAUGUUCGCAAGUUUUUUCUUCAAAUCUCUUCAUUCUCUUAGAUGACUGAAUGACCAUCGUCAUGUAUGUGCGUAUGUAUGAAUUUGUAGUUGCUGCGCAUUGGCAUUUACAAGGAAUGUCAUCAAUUAUAUCCGCACUAUCAUUUGUUUUAGUUUGUCGUCGAUGACAUCUGAUUCUCCAGAUGCGCCUUCUUCUUUUUUAUUUCUCCUACCGUUCUCUCUUUUGCUCUUUAUCAUUUUCUCUAUAGGCUAUUUUAUUGUUAUUUCUU